AGAAGCCAAGGGGUACAAGUGACUUUAUGGUUUUUUCUGAGUUAACUGCAGAAGCCAUAUCCUGAGUGUAUUAAAAAUGUUUGUGGCCAACAGGUAUAAGUAAAACUCUGUUAAAUGCUGAGAUCUAGCGGCAAAAUGAAAAACUACUUUCAGCAUCAGCUGUUUUAGUUAGAGGCCAAGGGGUACAAGCACUUGUAUCCCUUGGCCUCUAACAGGUACAGACAUUUUGUUCAGGAAUGUGUUUUGUUUACUGUAUUGUUCAUUCAGUGUAACCGCAGAGAAUGUCCGAAGACAGUAUUCCAAGUAUUUUUGGAGGUAAGUGUAUAAGUUCAAUUGAUUCUUGAUAGUUUCCAAAAUAUGUGAUUAUUGUUAAUGUAAUAAUUUGCCUCUACAAUUCCUUUAAAAUAUGAAACUUUCCAUUGCAGUUUUUAGGUUAUGUUUCAUUAUUAAAGAGUCAGUGUUUAAGUGUAAUGUUUUUGUUUUAAAACAGUGAUUUAAUAUUUACUACAUACAUAGUUUUAUUUCCAGAUGACAGUGAUAACGAUCCUGACUUCAAUCCGAUCAACGAGGACUCAGGCGAUAGUUCCGAUGAAGGUGGAGUCACAGAACAGGUCCAGAGAACAGAGGGAGAAGAACAGCAGAUGGACGAAGAAGAACCCCCUCCUAAGCGCACCAAGCACCCUGGAAGAAAAAGGACUCGACGAAUUGAGUCAUGGAAAAGGAAAAAAUCUUCUAUACUUCGCAAUUCGGGGCACGAAUACACUGACCGCAAAGGUAAAGUACACCAAAGAAAGGAGCUUAAGCCGUACAACCAUCAAUGUCGUUACAAAUGUAAUGAAAAAAUUGAUGAGGAAAAGAGACAAGAAUUUUUUAACAGUUAUUGGUCUUUGGGAAGCUGGGAACUACAAUCUUCUUAUUUGAACUCGGCUGUUAAUAUAGGGGCGCCUAAUAAAAAGAAAGAUGGUGCAGUGCGUGGGAAAUCCUUUUCUUGUCAAUAUAAUCUAGGAAAUGUCAGAGUUUGUAAAGAGUUCUUUUUAAAGACUCUUGAUUUGUCCAACAAGCGAAUUACUAAUGUUGCUUCUAAGAAACACAUAUCUAAAACAGGUAUUCCACCUCGAGACAAAAGAGGGCGUAAAGUUCCUACCAACAAAAUUGUGCAGGAAAAAACUGACUUGGUCAAGGAGCAUAUUGCAAUGUUUCCAAGAUACU